CUGAUCUGGAUGAUCAGUUGAUUGUGAAGUGCAGACGAGUGAGUGACUUUCGACAUUGAGGCGUCUAAGCGCGAUACAAUGAAUUGUCUAAGAUUUACAUCGUGGUCUGCGUUAAACUUCUUUUUCUUAUUUCUAUUUUCGGUUGUAAUCAUAACCGAAUCAAAAUUUUAUUCUGCAUCGGUGGCACGUCAGUCGCUCAUCACUGAUUUAUUCGUUAAUUACAAUGCAGGCAUUAAGCCCACAAUGGAAGGCAAACGCAUUGAUGUGCAUACCAACUUAGUGUUGCAGCAUUUCGAUUUUCGCGAAUCGGAUGGUUCAUUCCAUUUUGUGGGACUUCUGAAUGUGUACUGGCAAGAUCCCAAAUUAGGUUGGAAUCCCAACGACUACAAUAAUCUAACUCGCAUACCAGUACGUCAAAAACUGAUUUGGGUGCCUGACUUGGAGGUUUACAACAAUGCGCCCGAUAAGUUUCUACGAAUGCACCAUCACGGCGUCGUCAUAUUAGAACACACUGGCAUGGUACUGUGGAGCGAUAACGUUGAAGUGAAUGUUUUUUGCACCAUGCACAUGAGUAAUUGGCCGCAUGAUAAACACGAGUGUAAACUAAGUCUCGGCUCGUGGACUUAUCAUGGUUUCGAAUUAGACUUUAUGAACUAUACGAAUCCAAAUGGCACCAUGAGUUUUGAGGAGUUGGAUAUGGCGAGUAUGGAAUAUAAAGUAAUAGAUUUUGGUGUGGCACGUGUAGCGACUACCUACACUUGUUGUGCCGAACCAUAUAUAACGAUGGAGUAUAAUCUCACUUUUGAGCGACGUUCUGGAUUUGUCACUGUAUUUCGUGCGUUGGGUUCAACCGUUAUAAUACUGUCAAUGCUUACACUGUGUAUUGAGACUGGGCAUCGUUCGAAAAUAUGUCUUAAUGGUUUAAAUUUGAUUAUAAUAACAUUCGUUUUGCUAUAUUUUGCGCAAAAUGUGGGCAAAUUUGCACGUAUUACACCAUACAUUGCGAAAUUCUUCAGUUGCAGCUUCGUAUUGGUUACACUACAACAAUUACUUACCGUAUUUGCAAUAUUCGCCACACAUGCUUCCUAUCGCGGCAAACUGCAUCCUGCUAUCUCUAACUUGCUGCGUAACACAUUCGUCUCUUAUCUUACACCAAAGCAAAAAAUACGUCUCGCUCAUCCGGAAACUGGCGACGUGAAUGCACAAUUUGAAGAUGUGACUCUUCAGGAAUUUAGUAAUCUGAUAUCAGCCGAUGAGACACCCUAUGAAUGGAUGCAAUUAGCAAGCUUUUUGGAGAGUUUUACAAUAAUAAUAUUUAGUAUUAUAUAUAUAAUUUUAGCUAGCGUAUGUUUUGUUUAACCACAUUCACUUUUGGCAUUAUAUAACUAUAAAUCUAAACUAGAUAUUUAAUUAUAAGUAGAGGACAAACUGAUUCGGGUACAUUUUUUCACUUCCGGUUAUAAGAAACAUGUGAAUUCAAUAAAAUAAUUUCCGUAAAAAAA